AUGGACAACAGCUCGAACAGCGAUGCCUCUGACCAUCCAGCUUGGUCCGAAGAAGGCAUGGUUCACUGGCUUUAUGAGCGAUGUGAGAGGAGGCUGGAAAAGGCUGUUACAAAACAGGAUCCCACGAAGACAAAUCAGUACUUGGCCCGACAGGGUAUUCUGAGUGACAUGUUGGCUGCUUUGGAGGUGGCCACAGCAGAAACCAGGGGCCACAUCAAACAGGUCCUUGAGGACAUCACGGAUUUGUCAAGUGAUGAGGACUCACCCACUAUGAACACUGGUGGCCAUGACAUAGCUCUGAAUUCUGGAGUUCCGACAGGUAUUGCCACAGCUUUUGUGCAUGGAGUAGCUGGUAUGACCCUUUGUGGAUGCGACUUCGGCGACAUCGAAAUCUCCAACAACAGCAGUAUGAUCCCUUUCACAACUUUGGUCUUGACUGCAUGGUCCUUAGCACUUGGUGGUUACACAUGGUAUUGGUUGAGACAGCCUGUGAGACCAGUGUACUUCCCGCCAACGACUUUGGCGGCACAUACAGCAGACGCUGAACCUCAGGUCAAUGAAGACUUGCAACUUGAAGGGAGCCUGCUGGUAGCCUUGCGGAGGAUCAACGGGCGUUUGGAAAGAGCACAGAGGAGAGGCAACAUUGGGCAAAGCAUGAAACACAUGCAAAGCCGAACAUGGUUGCUGAGCUGUGUGGCUCAUUACACUACAUGCAGCCCCGAAGAGAGGAUCCGCAUGGCUGAGGUGAUUUCAGACACAUGCAACCUCAGCGAGGAUGAUGAGUCACCUUGCCAUGGACUUGGAGAAAACGAGCGGCACUACCAACUGGUGGAAGCUGACAAAGCUUUCAGAGCCAUGAUGUCCCUCCUCGAGUAUGAUCGCUACGAGGAGCUGACUAAGCCUCUCAUCAAUGAACGUGGCGAGAUCACCUCUUUGGUGCGACAACAGGUGCCGAUGCCAAUGCACUACGGCACCAUCGGCACCAAUGCUUUCUACACUGGUAAUCCCUUGCCAGGGAUGAACGGCCCCUUCAAGUUCUUCGUGAACACUCCCGCGCACUUCCUGCCGGAUCCUGCUACACCUGCGGCGCAACCAAGCUUCCAAUCCAUGGGUUGUCAAGCCAUGUCUCCGAUGUCCAUGGCGUCCAAGACACCUGCGGGUGCGACGGUGCCCGAUGCCUUUGGCGCGUCUCCAAAGGGCUUGCAAGUCCCCACUUUCAGGCCACAAGUAUCAGGAUCGGCUUUUACGGAUGUGAGCCCGUAUGUGGCAGGCGAUCCGGCCCAAGCGCACCUGGCACAUGUUUUGCAAGUCCCCACUUUCAUGCCACAAGUAUCAGGUUCGGCUUUCACUGACGUGAGCCCGUAUGUGGCAGGUGAUCCGGAGCAAGCGCAUCUGGAACAUGGCUUGCAAGUCCCCACUUUCAUGCCACAAGUAUCAGGCGGCUCAGCGUUGCAUCAGCCAGGCGGCUCAGCGUUGCAUCAGCCAGGCUACACCAGCUCCCCCGUGGCCUAUCCAGGUCAGCUACUGCUGUCGGGAGCUCCCGUGAUUGUGCCAGGACCUGCUGCUGCCAUGGGUGGAAGCACACCCUUGAGCCCUGUGCCUGCUGCCUUUAUGUCAGGCCAUUCAAUGCCAGGAACACCCAUGCCGGUGGUCCCACACGCCACUUCGGAUCGCAUGGGCGCUGCGGCUGCUAAGGUGCCGAUGGCCAGAGGCACAGAAGAUGGUACUUCAGGUACUUCGACCCCCAUGACCACCCCAGCAAAGUUCAGUACAUCCAAAUCGAAGAACAAGAAGAAGGAGAAGAGCAACAGGUGCAUGUGCUUCUAG